UAAACAUAAUAAGAAUAGUUCUCAAUUACAACCAAAUAUUUUAAAUACCGUCUAACUGAAAGGGAUUGUGAAGACAUCUACAGGACGAAGUAGACUACGCAUACAUACAAUAUGAAGUCUUCCCAAGUCAAUGUCGAUGAAAUCAUGGACUGCUUAGGAGUUUCUCGAUUUUUCCAUAUUACCCAGUACUUAUUACUCAGCAGUUCACUGAUGGUCCCGGUCUUUAACAGCUAUCUUUUCAUAUUUACUGCGCUUUCUCCAGAGCAUCGAUGUCAGAAUCUGACAGAUUUCCAGCUCGAUCAAUACAACAUAUCGAUCAGUAACGUUCGUCUAAUAUAUAGGAACUGUUCUAUUGAAAUCAUAAGUUCUGAUGGAAGAAUUCCAGCCAAAAACGAAAGUCUGGCCUGUCUAAAUGGUUAUCACUAUAUGAAGCCAGUUCAUAUGUCACUAACCUCGCAGUGGGAUCUAGUAUGUAACAGAAAAGGUCUAGCAGAGACUAGUCAGACGAUAUAUAUUUUUGGUCAACUCUUUGGCGGAUUGGCAUCACCAUAUUUCAUUGACAGAUUUGGAAGAAAACCUCCCCGGAUUUUGAGUAAUUUUUUACUAGUCAUCAUCAAUUUAAUUUGUGCAUUUUCACCGUCCUAUGCCGUGUUUGCAUCGAUGCGGUUCUUUGCAGGGAUUUUCCGAGAGGCUUACUUGAUCACCACUUUCGCUGCUAUUCCGGAACUUUAUUCGAAAAAGAAGCGAGUUUUAAUGAGUGGAUUAUCGACUGUGUUAUGGAGCGUAUGGAGUACUCUUGGUGGGGCGGCAGCGUACUUGCUCAAAGAUUACUGUUGGAAUGUCAUUUAUUUGUUCAAUGCUACUAUCUCAGGAUGUUUUAUCAUAGAGGUUUUUUUCCUGGCGGAAUCUAUCCGAUGGCUUUUCGCUAAUUCGAAAGUAAAGCAAGCUAAAAAGGUAAUCAAAAUGGCUGCUAAACAGAAUAACGUUGACUUUGAACACAUCUGGAGCAUAGCAUUAAAAAAUAACCCAGUGCAAGAAGCAGCCAAUCAGAGGGAUGGAAAUAAUCCUGACAACCGACAUCGUGACCUCCAAGUUCAGGCAGACGAUGCAGCAGUUAACCACACAGAAGACCACGUUAAGAAAGACAUCGCAACGACAGACACCUCGGAGCAACCGAGUGAAAAAGAAAUGUCAAAAUUUAUCCAGGUGAAGGCUAUUUUUAAAACACCUUACCUAAGGAAAAUUACUAUUGCCAUUUCCAUCUGCUGGAUGAUAGACAUAACAUCAUUCACCAGUCUCUACUUUAUGGUGGAGGCUUUAGGAGGAAGUGUAUAUUUCAACUUUACGAUGCUGGCUGUGGCUGAACUUGUUUCUUCAAUAUUUUACUCGCUGGGAGUGAACAGGUUUGGUCAUAAAAUAUCGUUGAUAUUUUCAAAGACUUUUACGGCGAUACUAACAUUUUCAGCUGGUCUCUUGAUGUUACUUGCAGAGAAUAACAAGACAACUGAAAAAAUAUUUGUGACAUUAUAUCUAGUGUCCAUGCUGGGACUUAGUGCCGCCUUCAGCGGAAUCUAUAUAUACACACCUGAGCUUUAUCCUACACAAAUACGAAGUAUCGCAUUUGGUAUUCCCAUCACGCUCUCAAGAACGACAUGCUCUGUGGCGCCAUUUUUCAAACUUCUGACUUUGUAUAUUCCAUGGGCUUCCGGUUUUACAAUGGGCUCUGCAUGUUUAAUUUCCGCCGUAUUGGUUUGGCUAUUUUUACCAGAAACAAAAAAUAAAGUUUUAAUGCAAACCGUCGAAGAUGUCCAGAAAAUGAAAGCAGAAGAAAAAACGAUGAAAUUAUUUCGUACGAAAAGAAACACGUAAAUUUACCGCUGCUUUUACAAUGGGAGAUCGGUUUUAUUUAAAGCACGACCUUAUAUCUUUCCUCUUGGCGGUUCACAUAUGUUUGCCUCAAUACAAGUUACAGUCGUAAAUUCAAAUAGUCUAUUAUCUUAGAAGUUGUCGGUGAAAAGGAAAUUUUCUUGCAUGUGGUGAAUUCCUUGCUAAUAUAAAAUUGGCUUUUGGAAGAGAAUUAUAGAUCGGCAUGUAUAAUUUCACCACCACAAAAUGAAUGGAGCUACCUUAUAUAAUCGAAUUUGUCAAUUACUAGAGCACGUGUGAUGUUCUGC